AUGGAUGCGGCUGCAGUUACAGUCCCACCAUUGCAGACAAGUGAGAGCAACAAGAUCUCCAUCAUCAUUUCCCCAAGGGCUGCAAGCUCCAAGGUCAUGCCAUUUGAGCUGAUCGGUGCUGGCAGUAUCAGCUCACAUCCUCAUGCUACUCCUGCCGAAUCCUCUGAUGCUCAUGCAACUCGUUAUCAUCAAUGGAAUCACGGCUUACCAAAGAUGAAAGCAGUUCCUCUUAUCAAGAAGGUGAUUGCGGAGUUCCUUGGCACAUUCAUAUUGAUCUUCACCGUGCUUUCCACCAUAAUCAUGAAUGAGCAGCAUGACGGAGUUGAGAGCCUACUUGGCAUUGCAACAUCUGCAGGUUUAGCCGUCACUGUUCUCGUGUUGUCCCUCAUCCACAUAUCUGGCUGCCACCUGAACCCAGCAGUUAGCAUCGCCAUGACCGUGUUUGGCCACCUCCCACUUGCUCACCUUCUGCCUUACAUGACUGCACAAGUUCUUGGCUCUAUCGCCGCUUCUUUCACCGUCAAGGGCAUCUACCAUCCAGUGAACCCUGGGAUCACCACCGUGCCCAAGGUUGGGACUGUCGAAGCGUUCUUCCUUGAGCUCAUCAUGACAUUUGUACUUUUGUUCAUCAUCACCGCUCUUGCAACUGAUCCCCAUGCAGUGAAAGAGUUGAUAGCAGUGGCAGUUGGGGCAACAAUAAUGAUGAAUGCUCUUGUCGCAGGGCCAUCAACAGGAGCAUCAAUGAAUCCUGCACGCACAAUUGGUCCAGCAAUUGCCACUGGGAGAUACACUCAGAUUUGGAUCUAUAUGGUGGCAACCCCUCUGGGUGCUAUAGCUGGAACUGGGGCUUAUGUUGCAAUUAAGCUGUAA